UGAUAGACCAACCCCGGCAGAUUUAAAAGACUAAAGAAAAAACAGUAGGGUAGCCAUUAAGCCUAGAACGGAUCUGGACGCCUCUUUAGCUAGCACUAAUUCAAACGCCGGCCUUUUCUUUCUUUGUCGCAUUGUAUGAUUAAACAAUAGUAACAGCUUUUCCUAAAUAUGAGACUACGAUCAAGAAGUAUUGCUUUAGGGAGCGACUCACCUCAAACACCUAACAUUACACCGUGUAAUGUUAACCGUCGUCGAAGGCAAGCGUCCAAACGAGCAUCGUCUGUCGAGAAACGGAAUCAUGUCAAGGAAGAGGAGCCCAUACAGCUAGACUCCCCGGAUAUAUUUGAUGGCCAUGAUGUUCCAGUGGCUACUAGACGCGCCAUGCCAAGAAUGGGUGGCAGGAAAAGGGCCCUGGCUUUUGAGGAGAAAGAAGAUGUGAACUUCCGAACUCCAGUUCGCGUACGAAGACUGGGUGCAUUUGCCGAGAGUCAACCUGCCACACCCACACCUCUGUGCCCUACAGCACGGAACAUCUAUUCCCCCAUUGUGCGGUUCCUCACCCCCACUAAAGAGAAUGUGGAGUCUCCCCGGGUGGCCCUGCUGAGUCCGGAGCCCUGCGUCUUUGCCUUUGGCACCUCUUCUCCUCUUGCCGAGGAGGAGGACGGUGAUGAGGUCUUCAGCCCAUUCACUUUCAUCAAGAAUAUUCCGUCACUAUCCCAACAUUCAAGACCUACCAUCAAAGACAUACCACCGAAGACCAGAAGCACACCUCAAGCCACUCUAGUGCUGGAUCUUGAUGAAACACUCAUGUUCAGCUCACUCAGUGUCAUUGAGGAUGCUCAAUACACAUUCCACACAAAUUUUCAGGACAACAAAUAUAAAGUCUAUGUGAUCCUCAGGCCAUAUGUGAAAGAGUUUUUACAGGCCAUGUCAAAACUCUUUGAGAUGUUUAUCUACACUUCAGCCAAGAAAGAAUAUGCUGAGAAAAUUGUGGACAUUUUGGACCCCAAGAGGAAGUUGUUUCGUCAUCGCCUGUACCAAGAACACUGCUGCUGUGUUUUGGGACACUACGUGAAAGACCUGAGUGUGCUGGAGAGGGACCCAAUGAGAACAGUCAUCCUGGACAACGCUCCUCACACCUAUCCAUACCAUCUGAUGAACAUGAUUCCCAUAAAGAGCUGGUUUGGGGAUGAGGACGACAGAGAACUUCAGAGGCUUAUACCCCACCUGGAAAAACUAGCUGAAGCGGGGGAUGUUCGGGAGGUGCUGAAGAGAAGGACCGAUCACUUCCACAGGCUCCUGUCUGAAGACUAACCUCUGAGCUCGACUCAGUGCUCCUCGCCGCUUCCAUCUCUGCUAAUCCCAUUCGUCGUCACACACAUGGACAUGACUUUCCACAUCACAUUAUGCAAACCUCUGUGCAGGAGGCAAACCAGGCUUCUUUUCUUUCACCUCUUUAAAGUCCCGGGACCCACGUUCUGGUUUCGUCCUUUUUCAGCCGUUCUUCAUUCCAAGUUGAACGGCAAGAAUGAAUGAGUGAAAGAAUGUUCAUCACCUACCUUUUACCACAGUAAUAAUGGCCAACCUACAUACUGAUACUGAACAAUAGACCAAUGGCAAAUCUCAGAUUUGUAUUUUGAUGGCCAGCAUUUAACUUUCCAUGUCCAUGUAUGUGUGCAAUAGAGGAGCUUCUAAGCAAAACGUGUAUGGUUUUCAUCCAUUCAUUUUGGAAAGGUUCAUACAUGGCACAGGCUUGUACAUUUCAUGUUUGUAAUUUUUUGUAAAUAUUCAUUCUACAUGUGAUUUAUAUUCUUUUAAAAAAUUGCUAUUUAUCCCUUCAUCCUUUAUCCAGGCUUAAUUUAUACAAUAAAAAUCAGCAUCCCUAA